AGCGACUUGUGGUUUGUCACCAAAUGCGCCUCAAAGAUGUGGCUAGUCUGUAAUUUCAGAAUUCCACUGACAUUACGCAAGAACUGUCAAACGGAUAUAAAACUGUUCGACAACAAACCCGCGCAGUCUGGAGUGACAGUCCGUUCUCGGCUGACAGUUUAGUCACGCGAAUGCAUUGGAGGGAGUGGAAGAAAAACAUAAUUUCGAUGUCUAGAACGGUAGUGAGUCAUCGUGAAAGCGUGAGAUCACCUUAAAGCGGAACGAUUAGCCGUGACAGCGAGGAGACGAAAAAGUGAGCAUCAUGGAAGUGUUGGAUCCUAGCGUCUCCAGAGACGAUCAACCACUUUGCGUCAACGAUUCCUUGGAACGAGUUAAUUCAUCACAAAUACCAACUGAUACCAAAUCAUGUGUAAAAGCACGUCAUACGUUGGGCUUCUUGGGUUUUCUUGGUUUUGCCCUGGUAUAUGCUAUGAGGGUCAAUUUAUCAGUAGCCAUUGUUUCCAUGGUUAAUCAGACAGCGAUACCACAUACUGAAGACAAUGAUACUAGUGACGUUUGCCCCAAAAUCAAACCAAUAAAUGGCACAUUUAUACCGAGCGCGGGAGAAUUUGCCUGGGACGAGAAAACUCAAGGUAUUAUUUUAGGUGCUUUCUUUCUUGGCUAUGUGGCCACGAACGUUCCAGGUGGCAGGAUGGCCGAAAAAAUGGGUGGAAAAUUAAUUUACGGUCUCGGGGUAUUCCUGACCGCUGUUUUGACUGUGAUAAGCCCUCUCGCCGCGAAUUGGGGUCUGAUACCAUUCUUGGCUGUGCGAGUUGCGGAAGGAUUUACAGAAGGCGUAACAUUCCCUGCAAUGCACAGUAUGCUAGCGCAUUGGGUACCCCCGUUAGAGAGAAGUAAAUUUGCUGCUAUAGUUUAUGCAGGUGGAAAUUUCGGCACUGUCGUGUCGCUACCGGUGAGCGGCUGGUUGUGUUCUUUAGAAUUAUGGGGCGGUUGGCGCCUUGCAUUUUACUUGUUCGGUGGACUCGGUAUUCUAUGGUAUGCAUUCUGGUUGAUAUUCAUAUAUGAUACCCCGGCACAACAUGUGAGGAUUGAUCCUUCAGAAAAAGCCUACAUCGAAGCUAGCGUUGAGAAGAAAGACGAGGACGACGAUCCGGGAGUACCUUGGCUGUCCGUAUUUACGUCUUUACCCAUGUGGGCCAUCACUAUUACGCAGUGCGGGCAAUCUUGGGCGUUUUACACACUUUUGACCGAGCUACCGACGUACAUGGACAAGAUCUUGCACUUGAAUGUGCAACAAAACGCCUUUCUAUCGGCACUGCCUUAUCUGAGCGCUUGGUUGGUGGGUCUCGGUAUCUCAAGUUUUGCGGACGCUCUCCUCGCUCGUCAUAUGAUAUCACCGUUGGCUUCGUUUAAACUGUGGAAUACGGUGGCCUCAUUGGGGCCCAGUCUUAGUUUCGUCGGUGCUAUUUGGGCAGGAUGUGAUCGAAUGACAGUAAUGCUGAUGCUCGCUGGGUUAGGUUCUCUUCAGGGCGCGGUAUACGCCGGAAAUCAGAUGAAUCACAUUGCCUUGGCACCGCGUUACGCUGGCACUCUGUACGGAUUGACGAACGCUGCAGCAAACGCGUGUGGUUUCCUGGCACCAUACGUGAUCGGGAGUAUAGUAGAAGGACACGAGACUCUCGCGCGCUGGCAUACAGUUUUCUGGAUGGCAGCGGGAAUAAACAUGGCUACUAAUUGCUUUUACCUGAUGUUCGCUUCGGCCACCGAACAACCAUGGAGCAAAGGUAGCAGUUGAUGACAAUGCCACAUUAGACACGCAAUAUUGAACGUGGAAAAUAACAUACUCUUCAAUCAUGUUGCACACAGUACGUUUUAAUUCAGCUUUGAAGGUAGGCUUACUUCGUGUGAUUCAGUGUACAGGUAUCACCGAAAUUAUAUAUUAAAAUAAUUUAACAUUCCGACUUCUCUAGUUGAAGUUUUUGUCUAGUAUUCAUUAUUAAGCGAGAUACAAUACAAUGACAAUGAAAUUGAUCGAAUUUCGACAUUAUCGGCUGACACACUAUACGAAGUAGAUACACGAUUACCCGAAAGUGAUCUGUGCGUCAAACAGUUGGAAAUCGUCAGCCCAUUUUUUCCUCCCAGUUGUUUUAUCGUUUUAUUAAUUCAACUACGUCGAUUAUUAUGCGACGACUAAAUAUAAAUAAAGAAGAAACGUCUACGUUCUUAGAAAUUGGAUGGAUGGACGGUCAGCUUCAUGUAUGCCACAUCGAUUUUCAACCAAAAUAAAGUCGAAAAAAUCAUCAUUACUAGAGGAAUUAUAAGUCCGUGAUUAUAAUUAGAAUUACUGGUAUUUUAGACCUCCGCGAUGUAGUUAAAUGGUGUGGUUAAUCUGGUUUCCAUAUUAGUGCCGCGUUCUUUAUGGAUUUAUUUCCGACGUUACAAUUUGUGUUAUAGUUUACUUUUAUUGACAAACUACCCAAACAGCACACGAUAUCCCAUCGACGUUCUGUGAAUGUCCUUAGGACAUCAGGACGUCUUCGGGAUAUCCUCAGGACAUUCCGAGGAGAUUUGUGCUGUCUGGGUACCUAAGACUGAAAGUUAAUUAUGCGAUUUUUGACCUUAUGCGUAUACAUAUAAUCUGAAAAUCGUGUAAUUCUCGGUUUUAUCAUACAUGACGCUGAUUGAACAAACUGUGAUAUUGAUGAAAUAUGACACAUACAAAACAACAGUAUUUCACGAAUUUAAUUUUAAGCAUGUCUCGCAACAGUAUAACAGACAAAAACUUUAAUACUUAAAAUCUGCAAUAUGCAUAAUUUUUUUUAAUUUUUAUACAUAACAAUUCUGUAUUGAUGACAGAAGUUUUAAAAAGAAAGCAGUCUAGAUCUGUUAAUAAUGUUGAGAUGUUAUUAAUAAUUUAUCCACACAUAUAUUAAUAUAUUUUCUUAUUUAUAAUUUAAAAAAGCUACAGUAAUUUGUUUUGGCAUAUAAAUUUAUCGCUUUGAAAUGAUGGUAUUACUUAUUUAUAAUGCCAAAGGACAAGUAAGAUAGAUAGCUUCUAUAUGUACGCGAAGCUUACCCUAACCAGAAUGUUGAUAUAUCAUUAACGUAUAUAUUUCUGAUAGUAAAAUAUGUGAAUUCGAAUAAACGAUUUUGUCGUUGAACAAAAAUAUAUAUAUAUAUAUAUAUAUAAUUAUUUGUAGAAAUGUUAUUCUAUGUAUUUAUGAAAUAAAUCAAGCAGAGAUCAUAAACAAUCGUACUUAGUAUAAUGAAAGCAUAGUAUUGAUGCACUACAAUAUAACUUUAGCCAUUGACAAAAUCACUAUUGCUAAUCGUAAUGAUACAUUGCAUGCGUAUUAUACAUUUUUAAUCUAUUUUAUAGUAUUUUAAGAACAUGAGAACUUUUGCGUACAUGUACUUACGUUCUAAUUUACGAGAAAAAAUGUAAGAAUAGUCUUAUGCAGAUAAUUAUACAAAAGUUUUAUCUGAAUAUAAUGAUCAUGUUUAAUGUGCAAUGACCAAAAAGUGUACAAUAAUAAUAAUCAAUAUUGUUUAUA